AUGUGUGUUGUGGAUGAUAAGGAUACUUUAGGGAAUAAAAUAAUUCCAUUUGGCGAGGAAAAACUUGCCUUAAGUGACAGUUCAUAUAAACUUGAGUCCGAAUAUGUCGAAUACCAUUUAACUCCCGAUCAAUCGCUGAAUCAGAAAUUCGCCAACAGCAAUGGCAAUCACUCGGAACUGGUUCGAGCAGUACGAGAGUCACUGCGAGAAUAUGAACUGUACAGGGAGAGGCAAAAAAGAUCAAGAGUCAAAAGGGCAUCUGCCAAGCGUGUGUGUUAUGAAGAACUCGGUUGCUUUGAGGAUUCGGGACCAUUUGCCUAUUUGGAAAUGUUACCUUCACCGCCGCAAGAGAUCAAUACGAAAUUCUUUUUCUAUUCAACUAAAAAUCGUUCCGAUCGUCCUCUAAUGGAAUUACCAUUUCUCAACAUGACAGAAACCUUUAAGAACACGAAAACUUAUAAUCACAAAAGAAGUUUAAAUAGCACCGAAUAUCCAACGGAGUUGAGCACAGAAGAGCCCCAAACUACAACGGCAUUACCUCCAACCAGGAAGUCGACAUUUCAAAAAUAUCCCAUAACACUGGAUGAUUUGGAGGGCUUUGAUGAGAUGUCGGUAAGGGUAAUAGUGCAUGGUUUUGGUUCGGCUUGCCCUCAUGUUUGGAUUUAUGAAAUGAAGACGGCACUAAUGGCGGUGGAGGACUGCAUUGUCAUUUGUGUGGAUUGGGAAAACGGUGCGACUUUCCCCAAUUAUGUUAGAGCUGCCACCAAUACACGCCUUGUGGGCAAACAAUUGGCCAUGCUGCUGAAAAAUCUUCAGGAAUACAAAGGCUUGAAUUUGGCCCGCACCCAUAUCAUCGGUUUUAGUUUGGGUGCCCAUGUUUCUGGCUUUGCUGGUGCUGAAUUGCCCGGAUUAUCACGUAUUACCGGUUUGGAUCCAGCUGGUCCACUUUUUGAGGCCCAACAUCCAAAAGUUCGUUUGGAUAGCACAGAUGCUGAAUUUGUUGAUGUCAUUCAUUCCAAUGGUGAAAAUCUUAUCUUGGGUGGUUUAGGCUCUUGGCAGCCCAUGGGUGAUGUGGAUUUUUAUCCCAAUGGCGGCAGAGUGCAGACGGGAUGUUCAAAUCUAUUUGUGGGGGCAGUUACCGACUUUAUAUGGUCUGCUCAAACUGCUGAGGAGGAGGAAGGCCGUUCUUUGUGCAACCAUCGCCGGGCCUACAAGUUUUUCAUAGAUUCGGUCGCGCCGCGUUGUUUGUUUCCGGCUUUUCCUUGUGACAACUAUGAUGAUUUCUUGAAAGGUAAAUGUUUUCCAUGUGCCCAAGACGAUGAAGAUUUGGCUGAAGGAGUACCACGUUGUGGCAAUAUGGGUUAUUAUGCGGAUCGUUCCUCGGGAAGGGGCCAAUUGUAUUUGCUAACACGAGAAGAGGAACCAUUUUGUGCCCAUCAAUUCCAAUUGCAGAUAUUCAAUUCCUUCAAUGACUUGCCUUUGCGUACCAUAGGACGUUUGGAGGCCAUACUGGAGGGUGAGGGAGGCCUCAAUGAGACUUUCCAAAUAUCAGAGAAAGACGAUUCGGAGUUCUUUGCCGGUGAUAUAGUCUCCAAGAUCAUAGUGCCCCAUCCCGCUUUGGGCUUUCCCACCACCCUUAGCCUUAACUAUAAACACUAUAGCGGCUGGCUAUCCAAGGGCUUGCCCCAUUGGGAUAUCGACAAGGUUAUAUUGACCGAUAGCUACGGCCGCAGCCAUUCCAUAUGUAACCCCAACACCAAAUUAUCCACUGGUUCCCCGGUGCGCAUGAAACUUAAACCUGGCAACUGUGAGCUCGAUAAUCAGGAAGAAUAUGGCGCCUUUACUUCUAAGCCGGCGACACAGGCCCCCGAUUCCACCGCCCAAGAGAGUAUACAAGUUCCCGAGGCGGAUGCCAUAGAGACUAUAAAGAAACGUAAGAAUUUCCUUAACCUUGGCUCCAGUUUCAAGCUGGGAGAAAAUCAAAGUUAUCCCCUGGAAGAUAAUGGAGAAUUGCCCUGGCAACCCAUAUUAGAGGGAAAUUCAUUGGACAAAGAUGUGGGCGAGUCUAGCAGAAGUUUUUCAGAGCAACCGGAGGAAAUAUUCGAGCCCAUUUUAAAUGAUCGUCGUUUGAAUGUGAAUCGUGGCAGAAAUUUGAAUGAUUUCACUGGUGUGGGAGAGAUUAUGGAGCCAGUUCUAAAGGCCACAACUCCCAGGGUGAAGAAGGGCAAGGAAAUUAUUUUGCCAGAACCCCAACCCAUUACCGACAAGCCUGACAAAUUUGAGAUAAUCAAACUCACUCCUUUAAAUAACCCAGAAAGGCCGAAAUCUGCAGCUUCAAUAGAGAAUGAUGCUGUAACUGUUCAGUUAUUCCCCUUCCGUCUGGGAGAACUUUUGCAGAGGGCGGAGCGUUAUGCCAGGGAAACUAUACUACCUUUAAUAUCCGUACAGGCGCCUCGCUUCUUUGGUUUCAAUGUGGCUGGAAAUCAGGAAACUCAGGUGAGAUCGGAACAUCGCAAGCCCCGCUACAUACCACGUUUUGAAGAGAAUGCUUUCAAAGAGAACUCCAACAAGAGGAACUUUGGCCAAAAGAGGCGCUCAGGUGAGACUCAUUCUUCAGCGUCACGAGAACAAAGGAAUAUAUUUGCCUUACUCAGACCCCCCAACUUGGCAAUAACGCCGCAGGAUCAACAACAGGCCGAGGAAUCACAGGAUGCUCCUACAUAUUACACCAAUGUUGUGAUGACUGCCUCGCGUUCCUUGAAGCCAGAAAAUCCCGAUUAUGAACCAGUUUUCAUAGACUUACCCACAUAUAAGCCACCCAAAGCUCGAACGGCUAGAGCAGCAUUUUUCACAAAUUUUCAAAAACUAACGAAUUUUAAAAGAUCGUAGAUUUUCAAAAAGAAAGAAAAACUCCAUAAAUAUUAGAUUCUAGGAAAAAACAAAACACAGUUUAAGAUCCCCGCUUGUUGCUGUACUGCUAGGCAGUCUUUAAGCCAGGCUAAAGAUAAUAGGCAAAAUCAUAUGUGAUAUCUAUAAAAAAAUUAACAAAAAAAAAAAAAAUAAAACAAUAAUGCAACCACAAGAAAUUGGUUACGCUAAUACAUAUAGCGCCAAUCUCUAUUAGAGAAAAUAUGAUAAAUAAUAAA